GGAGGAGGAGGCGGGAUGACGUCGGGGUCCAAGAGCGGGGUCGGCGGAGUGGCGGCGGCGCGGGCGGCGGCGGCGGGGCCGAGGACGGUGCUCAUCACGGGGGUCAGCCGGGGGCUGGGCCGCGCGCUCGCGCUGGAGCUCGCGCGCCGGGGCCACGCCGUCGUCGGCUGCGGCCGCUCCGCCGACCCCAUCCGCUCCCUCGAGGCAGAGAUCGCGGCCCCGUCCCGCCACUUCCUCACCGUCGCCGACGUCAGGUCUGACAGCAGCAUGGCUGAGCUGGCAAAGGCUGUUGUGGAAAAGAAGCAAAUUCCUGAUAUCAUAGUCAACAAUGCUGGUACAAUAAACAGGAAUAACAAGACGUGGAAUGUUCCAGCAGAAGAAUUUGACGCGGUGGUUGAUACAAAUAUCAAAGGAACGGCGAAUGUACUUCGCCAUUUUGUACCACUUAUGUUACAGAAGAAACAUGGAAUGAUAAUCAAUUUAUCCUCUGGUUGGGGGAGGUCUUCUGCUGCCGAGGUUGCUCCCUAUUGUGCUUCAAAGUGGGCUAUUGAAGGUUUAACACGCUCGUUAGCAAAGGAGUUGCCUCCUGGAUUGGCAGCCAUUGCUCUUAGCCCUGGUGUUGUGAAUACUGACAUGCUCGCUUCAUGCUUUGGAACUUCGUCUGCGCUAUACCAAUCGACUGAGCAAUGGGCACCCAAGGCAGCUACAAUGAUUCUAAGCCUUUCGCUGGAAGAUAAUGGUGCCUCACUCACUGUUUGAUGCUUCAGCAAAUGUGUGCUGUAUUAAUAACAGAUGGGUGUACUUUUAGUUUUAACUUGUAGCUCUUGCAACGUUAUAUUGUAGCAAGGUAUAAGUUGUAAUCUGCUUGUGCUCUCUAGUUUGCAUUUUUCUUGUCAGAAAUGAGCUGUGUAUCCUGCUGCUUGGAACACCUCAUCUUCUGGCUUUUCAGUCGGAACAAGAUAACUUGCUUUUCUCAGGUAGCCAAAGCCCCAAGAUAACUUGCUUUUCUCAGGUA